AACGGCGCAGCUGUGACAUUUUGAAUGUUCUAUUCAUGAGAAUUAUGUUUGCUGACGGAUUAAGUUUUCAGCGAGCUCCAAUGACUUUGCCUGUACAUCAUAUUUCCGUGGCAAUUAAUGCUCAAACUCCUUUAUGCAGCAUUACAGAUUAAUACUGAACAUUAUUGAUCACAGCAUGAUGUGAAAAAAACGGCGUGGGUUUCUAUUAUAUGCUGCAUGCAUCGACAUUUAUGAUUGGUAUUCCAGUUAAUAGACACCAUGGAACACACGGGCGAUCCCUGUACCGGUCUGAUGGAACUCGAUGACAUCGAGGACCUGAUUGGUGACGGCGAACGACCCCGCCGGGUGCGCACUGGUCCGGUAGUGCGCGCCCGUCGUAAGAAGACCGAGACCGCCGCUGCCGAGCCGCUGCCCGACCCGCCUGUGUGUGACAGUGUGGUGCCGGGGACUCAGCGGGUGCAUGUGCGCACCUGGGGCUGCACCCACAACAGCUCUGACAGCGAGUACAUGGCCGGACAGCUGGCUGCGUAUGGAUACAUCGUCACAGAUGAUGCCGAUUCUGCGGACCUGUGGCUCUUAAAUAGCUGCACCGUCAAAUCUCCAGCGGAGAGCCAUUUUAGAAAUGAGGUGGAGCGCGGCCGUCGGGCCGGUAAGCACGUAGUGGUGGCCGGCUGUGUGCCUCAGGGCGCUCCUCGCUCCGACUACCUGCAGGGGCUCAGCGUCAUCGGCGUGCAGCAGAUCGACAGAGUCGUAGAGGUGGUCGAGGAGACGCUCAAAGGUCACACAGUACGUCUGUACGGUCAGAAGAAGGACGCCGGUAAGAAGCUGGGAGGCGCGCCGCUCCUGCUGCCCAAGAUCAGGAAGAACCCGCUGAUUGAGAUCAUUCCGAUCAACACUGGAUGUCUGAACCAGUGCACCUACUGUAAGACCAAGCACGCAAGAGGAGAGCUGGGAAGCUAUCCUAUCGAGGAGAUCGUGUCCCGCGCGUCGGCCGCCUUCUCCGAGGGCGUGUGCGAGGUAUGGCUCACCUCUGAGGACACGGGCGCCUACGGUAUCGACCUGGGCGUGACGCUGCCGCAGCUACUCUGGAGGCUGGUCGAGGUGGUCCCCGAGGGCGGCAUGCUCAGGGUCGGCAUGACCAACCCGCCCUACAUCCUCGACCACCUGGAGGAAAUCAGUCGAGUACUGCGCCACCCGCGGGUCUACUCCUUCCUACACGUGCCGGUCCAGUCCGGCAGCGACUCCGUCCUAGAGGACAUGAAACGAGAGUACUUCGUCAAGGACUUCCGCCGCGUGGUCGACUUCCUCAAGGAGAGAGUUCCUGACGUGACCAUCUGCACAGACAUAAUCUGCGGCUUCCCCACGGAGACUGAGAAGGACUUUGAGCGCACGCUGGAGCUCUGCGCCGAGUACAAGUUCCCCAGCCUGUUCAUCAAUCAGUUCUACCCACGGCCCGGCACACCGGCCGCCAAGAUGCAGCGGGUGCCCACACAGGAGGUGAAGCGUCGGACCCGCGCGCUGACGGAACUCUUCCACUCGUACCGGCCGUACGACCACCUGGUGGGGAGACGACAGAGGGUACUGGUCACCGAGAUAUCGCACGACAGACAGUACUUUGUCGGACACAACAAGGCCUACCAGCAGGUGCUGGUGCCGAUGGAUGCCGACUUCAUGGGGCAGUUGGUGACAGUCGAGAUCGUCUCCGCCUCAAAGUUCUCCAUGAUCUCUCGAGUGGUGGGCUCGGAGGGUACUGCGGUGCGCGCCCCGGCGCCGGCUCAACUGGUGAGCUCUGGUCGGUCCCUGCCCCUGCCCCUGGUGGCGACCUUUGUGGCGGCGGUGGCGUACCUGGUGCUGAGGUUGAUAAGUGUGUGGUAGGAGCGGUCUCGGCGGGAGGGUGGGGCGGUGUUGAUGUGUCAUUCGCUUCAUCGGAGUAUAAGUCAGAACAUGAACGGCAUUCUGAGUAAGUGUUAGAAGUGAUUUGUGAGAGGGAAUGUGAUGUGUGUUUGCGGUGUGAUUUGCUUGAAUGGCCUCAAAAAGUGUUGUAAAUUAGUAGUUGUUUGUCGAAGAUGCCGGAAUUGAGCGACGGUCUUCUUCGAGAAUGCUGUUCUCACUGUGCACUUUGCUUGAAUGCUUGAGUGGCUUGAGUGCACUUUCGUAUCGUUGUGGUAUGUAAGUCCAGUUGUAUUGUGAAAUGAGGCUUGUGGUUUAUAAACUCGUGACACA